CAUAAGUUUUUCACUGCUUUAUACGAAUAUUCUUGAAAAAACUUUGUUCAAAAUAAUAAUUUUAGUGUUUGCCCCACCGUUUUACAAUCUUUGUGAUUUGAUAAUACUACUGUGAUACGGUGCAAUAAGAUGGAUGCCACGGAAUCCCGCACAAAAAUUUUCAUCAAUCCGGAGUUCAAAAAGGCUCAUAUCAAUCGGAAUUUUUUGUCCAAAACAUUUUCUGCUGCUGCACCCACCGAAACCCCAGCCGCAGCUGUCCUCCAACCAAAUAUACAUUUCAAUCCAGCAUUUUUGGAACGACUCAGUCUUCAGCGAAAUCAAGAACAGAUUGAUUCGCAGAAAAUUCCCACGACAUCCUCACCAGCAAAGGUUCUUCACCAAAAUCCCAUCAUCAAACACACAAAACGGAAGCUUAUUCGUGCCUGUUCUGUGGUUCCUUCCUCUGCUGCAACAUCCUGCAAAGUACCUCUUGUGGCACCGCUAGUAAAGAUUAGCAGAAACAAACUCGUUAGAUCUGUACCUUCCACUGCUGCUGCUCAAGCUGCUAAAACACUCAAAUCAGAUGGAGUUCGUAUCGUGGAAAAACAGUUCCAUACGUUCAACGGUAGUAAUCAACAGUAUAAACUAGAUCGGAGACCAGGGACAUUAAGAACGAUUUUUAAACCCAAAUCGUCUAUCCGGAGAUUCUCGCUAGUAAGGACAAACUCGAUCGUUCCCCAAAGUGUGGUCGUCACCGAUAGGAGAUUACUUAAAUUAAAUUGUAAUAGACCUCCCUUGAAAAUUGUCACAGAGAAGCUCUCCAGGAAAAUGACAUUCACUUCGCAGAACAAAAAGUUGGUUAUGAUUAACAUCAACGGGGUUCUCUAUCGUUCAUCGUCGAAUAAGCUGCAAGUGUCGUCAGCUCGUUCACCUGCCAAAAUAUUGCCACGCAAACCGCCAGCUGAUUCCACCAACAGCAAGCAACGCUGUUUAACGAUCCGUGGAACCAGAUUCAUGCUGGAUCCAAGCGGAACAAAGUUAAGAAAGAUGCCAUCUGUGGAAGUAGAAGAGCCACAUCAAGCGAAGCUAGGAAGAAUCGACAUUGGUGGACUUACCUACAUGCCGAAAACGGAUGGUACCUUUGUACGGACGGAUACCCAUCGAACGAGAUCCUAUUUGAGCUUAACUAAACAUAAAAGCAUUCAGGUGCUUACAAACAGGAUGCGGAAAUGCAAUGUUCCUUGCCCGAUUUACCGUCGUUUGGGAAAAUGCACGGCUUUUGUGCGAGGAAAGUGCCCUAAACUGCAUGAUAAGAAUCAGAUAAUGAUCUGUUUCAAAUUCCUGAAAGGAGAAUGCGUUAACGAAGAUUGUCUGCUAUCGCACAAUGUGUCAUUGGAGAAGAUGCCCGUUUGUCAUUUCUUUUUGGAAGGUCGAUGUACCAAAAAUGAUUGCCCAUACCUGCACAAGAAAGUCAGCGAAAAAGAGCGUAUUUGUGAAGAUUUCUUAAAAGGAUUCUGUUCCGUUGCUGAUAAGUGUCCACGACGUCACGAAUUUAUCUGUCCGGAGAUUGAUCGCUUUGGUGUGUGCGAACAAGCAAAUUGUCCUUAUCCACACAGCCGUCGGCAUGUCGAGAGAAAGCAGCAUGAGACUGUUGAUGAACGGGUAAAUCCGACCAAAUCCACACCAGUUAAGAAGGGAUCCCAACAAGGUGGUCCAGUUUCUGCACAAAGAUACUAUUUUAACAAUCCGAACGAAUCAAGUGUAAAUGACUCGACAGAGCUCACCGACGGCCAGAGAGCGCAGCUCAAAAAUAUGCUAGUCAAGGUGGAUAAAAUGAAGCAAGGACAUUUAGAAGAAGCCACCGGUGCCAAUAACGUUAUCGUUGACAAGAAAAACCUAGAAGAAAUUGAAAUCAACAGUGACGAAGAUGAGCAUAUGCAAACCAGUGAUGAUGAAGAUUCGGGACCACCGAUUAUGAAAAGAGCUAAGUUGGGCCCGCUGCCUUCGUUUAUUCCGAUUUGAUUUGAUUUCUUGGUUAGCUUGUUGUAAAUUUUUAGUUUAUUAACACAGUCAACGAUUCAUAUCUUGGUGUUAAAUUGAUAAUUGAGGUACUGAAAGAUGGACAUUUGUAGAACGGCUAUUUGUCCCAUUGUUUAAAGCAAAAUUUAGAGGAAAUUAAAUAAGAGCCGAUUUGUUCACUUGCCCCUUAAUCUUAAAACAGGUUUAUAUGACGCGAAAUUUAGGGAAAAUUCCCUCUCCCUUAGAGCGUGACGCAAUUAACUAUGGACAUAGAGAGAGUAAUUUCCAGCAAUUAAGAAAAAAGGAAAAAGACAAACAUUGACUCCAACCAUCGAUUUCUCGUAAAUAAAAGCGCUCACUCUUGCAAACAAACUUCACAAGCUAGUAGAGGAAACAUUCGUUUACCUGAUUAGGUACAAUGUUUCGCGAAACCGGCGGUUAAGGACAUUGUUUACAAAAGCGGUUUCCCUCUAUUGAAAGGUUGGUAAAUAUUAUUUUUUAAAUGUUGUUCCCUUUUGCUGCCACUGACUGGUCGUACAGAGGGAGCGAGAUAUUAACGUAUUUGUUUUAUGAAAAUCGGAAAGGAUUGAUCAAAUCACCAUGAUAUGGAAAGUUGACUGUAAUCCCUAUUACAAGAAAAUCAUUGAUGGAUUUUAGCGCUUUGUCUUGACCAGGCUAAAGUUUUAAAUUAAGUUUAAUAUUUAUCUUUUAAGAACAAUUGUUGUGUAUGUGCACUCAGCGGAUAGAAUGGAAAUAAGUUCAAACUAACAUUAGAAUAAAAUUACAGAAUAAGGUCAUCCUGUAGUUAAACAAAUGUGUUGCUAGUGAGCUUAA